AUGAAUAUCUACGUUCAGAAUUUACAUGUGUAUUUGGGAGUUAACCCGAUACGCAGAUUCCCAUAUUGGUUCCCAAUUACAGUUGUCAGUUCACUCCCAGGAGAAAAUGUCAGUGGUGUUUCUGUUAAUUUAAGUGAGCAAAGUACGCAGGUCAAGUCGCACAGCCUGCUUGCAGGUCGUCUCCUUCACAAAGGUGGGAGGUUAAAUUGCUGGCCAGUGGUUUCUAUCUGGUGUAUUUGUUUGUUUCUUUCCUUCUGCAGGGGCUUGCAAUCUGGUUAUUUCUUUUUUCUUUUUCUCAGCAGUAAUCGACUUUCUUUCUUUCUUUUCUUUUCUUUUUUCUUUAUUGAAGUGCUUAAAAACGGGUUUCUUUCUUUCUUUCAUUUAACACAUACUUUUUCGGUCUUUCUUUCACUGCUUAGUAUCUAUUCUCUUUCUCUCUUCCUUUUUUUUUUUCAUUUUCUCUUUCAUUUUUCCAUUGUUAAUAACCAUUUGCUUUCUGUUCCUCGCUUUCCUUCUUUCUGCCUGUCUUUCUUUCUUUUCUCUUUCUUUCUUUCAAUUCUUAGUAUCUGCUUUCUUUCUGUCUUCGUUUUAUUCUUUCUUUUCUCUUUUUUGACAUGCUUAAUAACUGAUUUCUUUCUUUCUGUCUUCCUUUCUACCUUUCUUUCUGUCUUUCUAUCAAUGCUUAGUAUCGGCACUCUUUCUAUCUUCCUUUUUUCUUUUUCUUUUUUUUUUGCUAUCUUUCUUCCAGUGCUUCCUGAUUUUUCUUUCUUUUCUCUUUCUUUCUGA